AUGAAGGUUGCUGUUAUUGUGUGUAUUUUUGCUGCCUCGGUGGCGGGGGCGCCCACUCUCAACGAAGGAGCAGCACCGCAGCAGCCUGAGAAUAUAGUGCUGUCCAGCCAACAACCUCAGAUUUUACGGGAAAAACGUUCCCAGUACCCAUCAUACGGUGGAUACAGCGCUCCGUGCGGUGGUGGUGCGGUUGCAGCGCUCCCAACAGUUGCCGCGCUCCCUGCCGUCGCUCCUUCGGCUUACCAGCUUAAUUUGGGACCAAUACAUACGGGAUACGGUUAUGGAGCACCUCAUUCGUAUGGCUACGGAGCACCACACUACCGCUCUGACGAUUUCGGAGCAGAACACGAGACUUUCUUCCCGGAUAUGGAUCAUAUGAUGUCUGAACAUGUUCCGAUGGCCAGGUAUGGCGGUUACGGCCCAGCUCUUCAUGCCAGCAGCGGUUUGGGUAGUUUGAGCGGAGGACCGUUGGGCCCUGUGGCCCCCGCUGGUCCGGCUUUCGGAGUGUUCCCUAACGCGAACGUUGGUGGAUGCAAUGUUCCUCUUCUGUUGAGCUGUUCACCAUCGAUAGUUCCAGGGCGGUUGGUGAAAUCCCAGGGUUACGGAUACGGUGGUCCUGCUGUGGUAGCGGCGGGAAAUGCUUACCGAGGUGUAGAUGAGGCUCAUCAGGAAUUCCACGAAGAUCACGAAGAGGAACCUCAGACUCAUGAGCAAUUACCUGCCGUUAAUGAUGCUGGCCAUCAGACUAGCACACACCAGUAA